AUGAGCCUUCCCCGGGCUCCGGUUCCGGCCCCACCUGCCAGGCCUCGGGCCGCCCCGCCCCCGCCGCGGCCGGUUUCCAUCCCCAGCCCCGCACCCCGCGCUCGCCGUCCCCGGGGGCCCGUCGCUCCCGGCUCUUUCGAGCAACCCGUUUCCGGUGGGGCCAGGGCGUCUCCGCAGCGGCCCGGCUCCCGCGCGCUCAGCACCGCCGGCGGCGGCCAGAUGCAGGCGGAGCGAGGAGCUCGGGGCGGCCGCGGCCGCCGGCCCGGCCGUGACCGGCCAGGCGGGGAUCGCGACCGGGCGGGAGCCGCAGCGGCAGUGGCAAGAGGCGGCGGCGGCGGGGACAGUGGCGGCCGCCGAGGUCGCGGCCGUGGCUUCCGAGGCGGCCGCGGCGGCCGAGGAGGAGGCGCCCCGCGAGGCGGCCGCCGGGAGCCAGGAGGCCGGGGCGCCGGGGCCAGACCGCCGGUUGAAGAUGACAGUGAUGCAGAGACCUAUGGAGAAGAGAAUGAGGAACAGGGAAAUUAUUCUAAAAGAAAGAUCGUCUCUAACUGGGAUCGAUAUCAAGAUAUUGAAAAAGAGGUCAAUAAUGAAAGCGGAGAAUCACAGAGGGGAACAGACUUCAGUGUUCUCCUCAGCUCAGCAGGGGACUCCUUCUCACAGUUCCGGUUUGUUGAAGAGAAAGAGUGGGAUGGUGAAGCUUCAUGUCCAAAACAGAAUUCAGCAUUUUAUGUGGACUGUGAGUCACUGGUUCGAGCCCUUCAAGAGCUGCCUCUCUCACUCCCCAAGGUUGCUGCCGAAUUGGUCCAGACCACCCUUCCUUUAGAGCUUCCUCAGGUGAAACCAAAGAGAAAUGAUGAAGGCAAGGGACUGGGGAUGCAGUUAAAAGGGCCCCUGGGGCCCAGAGGAAAGGGCUCCACCUCCGAGCUGAAAUCUGCUGGCUGCCCCAUGUACCUGGGUAAAGAUGGCCCCAGCCCGGCUCCCUCCACGGGACCUCAGAAACCCACCGCCCCCCUGCAGGCGGCAGUAGACCACUUGGAAGAAGAAUUAGAUGUGCUGCUUAGUUUAGAUGCACCUGUAAGAGAGGGAGAGAACGCUGCACCAGGCCAGACCGUGCAGGCCCAAGAAUCUGAGAAAGAUGGGGAGGUGGCCCAAGAAGAACAAGGUCCUGCCGAGCUAUCUGUGAUGGGAGAAAAGAACGUGCAGUCUGAGCAACCAAAUACAUCGAAAACUGUUACCGAGGAGGAGCUUGAAGACUGGUUGGACAGCAUGAUUUCCUAACCUAAAAGGAAAAGAAAAAAGAAAA